UCAACAGAUUGGAAAAGACUUUAGAAGUACAGUAUUUCUUCCUCGCCGUUUUACCGUUUUAUUGCAUUAGUUACACAGUGAGAAAUCUACUGUAAAAAUGAUGCUGCCGGAGAUACCAUCUUCACAAGCUUUUCAGGCGAUACGUGCAGUGAGCGUGAGUGAACUUUCAAGUUUGAGAGAGGAAGAUCUAAGACCUCUGCUGCCUUGUUUGGUCCGAAUGGCUCUCUGCUCUCCAGUAGACGAAAGUGCAAAGUGGACAGAAGCGCGUAAGGAAGUACAGAAACUCUUGUCUGGUUUAGAAGUAGUUAAUUCCAUUGUGGCGUUGUUGUCUGUGGAUUUUAGUCUCCUUGAGCAAGAUGCUUUAAAAGAGCAGCAGCUGAGAAAAAAGGUUGGCGGUAGUACAAGCUCCAGUGUUUUAGUUGAGUCCUUACAAAAUGGUCUUGCGCUAGAGUUUGAACGCAGUGAACCAUCAAGGCGUCUUAGAUUGGUUCUGAGUGAGAUCCUUCGUAUUAUGAGCCAGGUGGAUGUGAGACAAGAGUUCAUUCCUGAGAAGUGUGAACUUUUUGAAAGUGAAGUUUACCUGGAGGAAGUAUCAGAUGUGAUUUGCAUUGGACAAGCUGAGCUGCCCUCACUUCUUGCAUUAAACCAGCUUGCAGAGGCUCUCCUCAGGGUCAAGCAGGGUCCUUGGUUAUUGUGUCGAUUGGUGGCUAAUGCUCCUGACAGCUUUGAACAAGUGUGCAAGUCACUUCUUGAGCAUGGUGAAGUACAAGAUGAAGGUAGUUUAGGUGGUCUGGUGCGAACUCAAGCUCUAAGACAGCUAUGUGCAAUGAACCCCAGCUCUGCCUUUACUAUGCAUUCCGAGGCACUUAGACUGUGUCAUAUGCCUGGUCUUGCUGUGGCUCUUAUUCUUGACUUUGGUGUGGACAGCAGUGGUUCUUUGAGUUCAAGUGAUCUUGUGGCAUUUCUCAGCGGCCUUCUUUUAGGAGGAGAUACAAAAGCUAGGAACUGGUUUUCCUCCUUUGUUAGGAUUGGACAAAAGUCCAGUACAUCAAUCUUGGCUUCUCUGAGAAGUCAGUUACUGAAGGAGAUGUCAUCUUUGGUUCCAAGUGGAACAAAAAAAGGAGCAAGGUCAGAGAACAGCAAUUCAAGUGUGAAGGAUUUUGUGGCAGGAGAUGAUGUUAGACAGGAAGAUGAAGAAACAUUAGAAAUACUUCAAGCAAUGGAGGUGAGCACGGAUUAUGAAAUCACAGAAGAGAGUUCUGAAACUCCCCACAUGAACUUAGAAACUGUUGAAACAGUAGAGAUUAGUGAUGAUGGUGUGAUCCAAGGCACAGCACUCUUGCGGCUGUACUGUGCCCUCAAAAGAUUGGCUGGUAUGAAACUAACCUCACAGGAAUCAGAAGCAUUGCUCCGGCUGGUAACAUGUCACCCUCCUCCCACUGCUGCAGGGGUGAGGUUUGUUGUGGUUGGCCUGUGUACCCUUCUGGUCUGUACCAACAUAAUGAGUUCACCAGAGCAUGAACAGAUUGCUACCCACUGGAUAAAGUGGCUGUCAAAAGAGGAAGCUCACUAUGAAGCAGCAAGUGGUGUACAUGCAUCCUUUGGAGAGAUUCUUCUGCUAAUAGCCAUUCACUUUCAUGCUAGUCAAGUGGAAGCCAUUGCUGAUCUUGUGUGUUCUGUUCUUGGGAUGAAUAUCAGGCUGGGCUCGCUGACAAGAAUGAAAACUCUUUUCACACAGGAAAUAUUUCCUGAGAAGGUUGUGACAGCUCAUGCUGUGACAGUUCCCGUCACACCACAGCUGAGUUCAGAGGAUACAGGAUUCCUUCCGAUUCACUGCAUUCAUCAGUUGCUGCGGUCACGAGCAUUCACAAAGCAUGCAGUUCCUGUCAAGGACUGGGUGUUUAGGCAGAUCUGUUGUUGUACCACUCCUCUUCACCCUCUUGUCGUACCUCUUCUUGAAGCCUUUGUACAUUCUGUCAUCAAUCCCACAUCCAAAUCAACUAAGAACAAAGAAGCUACUUUCACUCUGCGUGGAUUUACAGAUUCUGAAGUUAUGUCAGUCUUUGCUGCAGAAUCCCAGGAAGAAGGAACUGCAUUCAGAAUCCAUGGACUUCCUUUAGAAUCAAUGAGGAGAAGCUCUGUGUAUGUGGCCACAGAACUGUCAUCUCAUCUCACAUCUCAGAUUCUGAUGUUAUACUAUGUUCUAACAUACCAGGACUGUCUUCUUUCAAAUAUGAAGUCUUUAGUUUCCAACAAUAUUCAGCCUCAGUGGCUGUCACCCAUGUUGCUGUCACAAAUACCCAUCAAGCAUCUGCUGGAGCAGGCUAGGAGACGUCGUCGAGAAUUCCGGGGUCUGUAUGCUCCCCUACUGCAGCUGAUCAACACUCACUUGCCACACCUGUGUUUAGUGGAUGACUGGCUGAGACAGGAAGAGGUAUUCACUGCUCCACACUUAUCAGCAGCCUCACCACUGCUUCAUGUCCAAUGUUCACCUCCUUGUUUAAAAGAAGCAUUUAGCUUGCUGCCAGACAAUCCCUGUUCUGCUCUUCUGCUGCUUAAAAGACUGUUACAACUAGAGCCUAGUGCUCUGAUUCCUUAUAUGGAUGUACUGGUUCAAGCCUUACCCAGUUUAUUGAAGCCUGGGGUCCCCCGGCGGGUGCAAACUCUGUCUUGUGAACUUUGGACAAAAAUUAAUACUGUUAUACCUCGCAAAUUGUGGUUGGCCACUGUCAACAUGCUGUGUCCAGCAGAGACUCCUGUCCUUCAUCUUACUCCUCAACUGUACACAGAUGAAGACAUUAUGAAAGAUCCUUUGACUGUGCUUAGAUGUGACAGAAGAGUGUUCAGAUGCCCACCAUUAUUUGAUCUUUUGGUGAGAGUCCUCAUGGGGUACCUGGCAGGCUCAAGGGCCCUUUUAAGUCAGUACCUCCAAGCACAUCCUGCAUCAAGAACUGAAGGGUUAGCUGUUGAACAAGAACGAGAAGAGCUACGGGCUGCUUUGGUGACAGCACAAGAAAGUGCAGCCAUUCAGAUUUUACUAGAAGUUUGUGUCAAAACACCUCAGGAUCAGGAUCAACCAGGCUGCAGUGGAUCAGCAGUGCUGCGUGAAAUCCAAUGUCGUGUGUGCUCACAGCUACAUCAGAUGUUUAUUGCUGUUCCUGAUAUUGCGAAACUUGUGCAUUUCCAGGGUUACCCAGUAGAACUUCUCCCAGUGACAGUGGCUGGCAUCCCUUCUAUGCACAUUUGUUUAGAUUUUAUUCCAGAGCUCAUAAACCAACCACAACUUGAAAAACAGUUGUUUGCAGUUCAGCUUGCCUCAUACCUGUGCCUACAGUUCCCCCUUCCUAAAGCCAUGGGUGUGGCCAAAUACAUUCUCAGUCGGCUCAGCUCUCUUCUAGCCACACUCCCAUCUGGCAAGCGUGUACCAUUUUUCACACCUGCCCUCCCUGCCCUGGUGAGAUUUUGCCAUGCAUUCCCACCUCUGUGUGAUGAGGCUACUGGGUUUCUGUUGGAGCUUGGUCGUGUGGCAGUCUCUCAUGCAUCAGCAUCUGCUGCCUUUACUCUUGGUACUCCAGGAUCUCUCUUAAAUCAACUGUCUUUGGAACAACAGCAGGAACUGGCUGACCAAGAGGAUCAUGGGUUUACAGAUGACUCCUGGUUGCCAAGCAAUUUGACCCAGGAACAUAAAGGUACAUUAGAGGGUGCAGUUGAGAACACUGAUACAGCCCUUUGUCAUGCCAUUGAAAAAACAUUUCUUGAAGUAACAAAUGUUGCAGUAGUAAAGCAACAUAACUGUGAGCAGUAACAGGAGCAGGACAAUCCAUUCAACACUGAAGAAGUCCCGGUAGUAAUACUGCAUGAGGUGUCAAGCCAGGUCAGGACAUGAAGUCAAAUGAUGGUCAAUUUUAACUUAUCCUCUCAUCACCAGUGUAUUAAUCAUCAGUCAGUUUUGUUGAAAGAGGGUCAAUGCCUGGCUUGGAUGCGAAAUGGAACUGCAAGAGGAAGUUUUUAGAGUGAGCUUGUGUGAUAGCAACAUCACCUCUGCAACAAAAAGGUUUUUGCUACAUGCUAUUCUCUGUCAAUAGCUUUAAAUGUCCUUUAUUCCUGUUAACAACCAUUGAACAGUUCUGCAAAUGGCAUAUAAGGCAAAUGUGUUCAUUUUUAUUUCACAUAAAGCUCACAAUAAAUAAAUUUCUACAAAGGCUAACAGCUCUAUUUACCAACUGUCCAAGUAGGAUCAGAUAGAACUCUUAAAAAAGUAAUAUUGGAAGCUUCCUGUGUAAUAUGAAUCUUUGCCAUAUGUAGCAUCAUAGUUAACCUAUCAACAGGCAGCCACAUUUAGUUCUCAAGGUGAAAGACUAGGAGUUUGAUGUUGCAUGCAUUAUGCCAGAUAUAAAAAAAAACAACAAUUUAAAAAAACUUUAAAUACAAUAAACAAAGAAAUGGACAUUAAAACAUGUACUAGCAAAUGUAAGUAUUCCUUACUUGUGGCUUUGUAAUUUCAUGUAUUAAAUAUAUUUACAUCCUACCGGCAUGGUAAAUGGUUAUUAAAGACUUAAAUUUCAAUGGGGA